AGGUCAAUGUCCUUCUUCUGGAGAUGGGGUCUCUUGUUCAUGAAGAUGUAACAGACUGAAUCAGAGCCGUGAUAUCGCCAACAGAAGCAGUUCGGAGUUCAUAGAAGAAGGACAUGUUGAAAGAUGUCUUAUACAUCCAAGGUCGAUCUGGUCGAAGGCAGGACUCUUGCACCCAUCCAUUCUAUGUCAGGUUCCCCAGCAGAGGACAAUGUGCCACCGGUCACGCAGGGGAUAACUAUCCAGCUAACCAAGGUUCAAAGUGAGGACAAUUGGGAGGACUUGGACGAAGGUGAACUGAUCUUUAAUCUGGAUCAGGAUAAUGAUGAUGGAACCUUAGAAUGUUCACCUGAGAAGGCUACAUGUGCUUUAUAUGCCAAUUCAGCAAGUGGCCGUGGGACUGCGGUCAAUGAGCUUGCAUUAGCUGCCUACGAGUGUGUGGGGGAUGUGCUGUUGUCUAACGAGACCCAAGGAACCAAUUCCCCUCUGUUGCCAAGUUCACCUACAUCCAAACCUCUCAUGAAUUUAGUGAAAUCUGUGUCAACUGAAAUUGAUUCCAAGAACCCUUCCCCCCAAAAAGCUCAUCCACUGGUUAGUCUAGUCAAGUCCAUCUCUACGGAAAUCACCCGCCUGGAACCAGAGGUCACUCAGUCCAAGUCAGACUCCAAACUCAACGUCCAUCUCUGGAGGCAGAUAACUCAAACGAAAAACAAAAAUGGAGACUCCAGGACUGCUCCAUCGUCCCCGAGCAUGUCCCCGUCCGAGAACAAAGGAAUGUUUUUUAACGUUCAGGAAGUAGAAGCCAGGUUUGAAGACACCAAGAGAAGGUUAUCAGAAGCCAUGCAAGAACCCUUGAGCAUGCUCAGUAAGAUUAUUGGGGAGGACACGAGUACUACUCCAAAGUAUAGGACUAUGUCACCAGUAUUCUGUACUCAAGACUCCCAGGGCAACCAGUUAAGGGACCAAGUACUCUUCGACGGAAAGAACACUUUGCCAAUUUAUGAAAGAGUGGAAGAGGAGGAUAAGCAAAUCUACAUGGAUCCUCUAAAUAAAUAUUCCAAGUACAAAAUUUGCUCCUAUGGGGAUGUUAUUCAAGUAGUAGAGUUGGCAACCAAUGACAUCAUAGAAGAAGUCACAGAUACGCCGCUUCCUCGCUGCCAAAAUCCCCCGUCUCACAACGACGUGCCAUGCAGCGCUCUGGUGUGUGUAGCCAUCUUGGCUUACAACUUUUUCAUUUGGCCUCUUCCUGCGUACAUUUCGGGGCUUUUAAUGGGCUUGGUCAGUGGAUUCAUCCUGGGAUUUUUUAUGAUUUUAUUCAUGGUGCCCCAACCCAACUAUUCCGGCAGAGACAGACGCGUCCUACAGGACAAUUUACAACCUUCUUUAAUGGAACUAAAAUCCCAAGAGCCCGAUGUGCUGAGGGGCUGGAUGAAUGAAAUGUUUUCCUACGACCCUGAAACCUACCACCCAGCACUCACUCACUCCGUGUUUGUCACCUUGGAGGGACCCACCAUAAAGAGGUCCUACCCGAAAAGCAAUCUUUCCCGCAGGUCGACGUUCGGAGAGGAGAUUCCCGAGGUGGUCUUUCUCAGUCAUCGGGUCAAUAACUUGACGAAUGCGCAGGUAUUUCUCUAUCCGUAUGGAUUGGCUAAAAAGAGAUUAUGGAAUAAGAAAUAUCCAAUCUGCAUCCAGCUCUGUGACACAGAACAGCCAACUUCCACCGACUUAGAAUUGGGGGAUACAGAUGUUUUGGAGGAAGAACCCCCGAGGCAUGACCAUGAUAACCCUCAGGCAAUAUUUGGGGAUUCCAAGGGUUCCAUCUUGUUCCUCUUUGGAAGAACAGGAAGAGAGAAGGAAGAAUGGUACCAAUACCUGGUGAGAGCUUCCCGGGGCUUCACGAAUGGGAAGCAAAGAUGCGAGAGCAAAACAGGCUUACUCCUAACCCCCAUGAGCAGCCCGUGCAGCAGCAGGGGAGGAUCUGGGAACAGCACUGGGGAGACCACCGAGGACAUCUCCUGCCUGUCCAGACCCAAGGAGUCAGCAGGGACCAUCAAACAGAAAAUCCACCUGGAUUACACGGCCUACAUGUCCCACUUUAUCCCACCCGAUCAACCCAGCCCCCUGCUGAGCCCGUGCCAGAGCGCUGCUAGCAGCCCCACUCCCGUGAGAAAGAAGCCUCUUGGGGAUCGUCCUACUCCGUGUAACGCCCAUGUGUGCUGGAUAAACGCGCUCAUCGGACGCAUUUUUUGGGAUUUCUUGAGGGAGAAGUACUGGGAAGAUAUGGUGGUCAACAAGAUUCAAAAGAAACUGAGUAAAAUCAAGCUGCCUCACUUUAUGAAUGAGCUGACCCUUAUGGCCUUGGAGAUGGGGACAUCUCUGCCAGAAAUACUUUCUGCCUCGACCCCCACCAUGAAUGAGAGAGGUCUAUGGAUCAAUCUAGACGUUCACUACAGCGGCUCCUUCCAAGUGACGUUAGAGACCAAAAUGAAUUUAUCCAAACUGGGGAAAGAGACAGCAAUGGACGAAGAUGGUCAAGCAGAAGACGGGAUCGAAGGACCUCUUAAUCCAAGAGCCCGGAUAUUCACGGACAGCGACGAGGAGUCUUCCAGUGCCGGGUCUUCUGAAGAUGAAGAGAUCUCUGUUGCUGAGGCGCCAGGAGCUGUGGGAGAGAGAUUAACCCCGGCUAACGCUGAAGGCUUUACGGGUGGAAACAGCACCAGUCGCAAAAUUCUACGCUUUGUGGAUAAAAUUACGAAAUCCAGGUAUUUCCAGAAAGCAACCGAAAACGAAUACAUCAAGAGGAAGAUUGAGGAGGUGUCAAACACCCCACUGCUGCUUACCGUGGAGAUCCAGGAACUGGAGGGGUCUCUGGCUGUGAAUAUCCCCCCACCACCCACCGACAGAAUAUGGUACAGCUUCCAAACUCCUCCACGGGUGGAGAUGAAGGUCCGUCCGAAGCUCGGCGACAGGGAGGUGACGUUCAUUCACGUGACAGAAUGGAUCGAGAAGAAACUGCAGGACGAGUUUCAGAAAAUUUUAGUGAUGCCAAACAUGGACGACUUGUACUUUCCGAUCAUGCAGUCCGCUGUGGAGAGCUCCAGACAGCACCAGGUGGAACCUGAAAAGCCACCCAUUGUGUGAGCAAUGGGAGAAAGCGUUCUAUACAUGGAU